AUGGCCGGGAGAGUUGUAGCAACCUUCUCCUCCUCUUUCCUUGUGUCUCUCACUUGCGCACUGCUACUCCUCUCUCUAACGCCAGCAGGAGGAUCGGUGAAGCUGGUGCAGGCGCAGGAACAGAAGACUUGGUGCGUGGCGAAACCCUCGUCGGACAAAGCAACUCUCAUCGCCAACUUGGACUACGCCUGCUCUCAGGUGGACUGCAGCGUGCUGCAGCGGAAAGGCGCCUGCUUCGACCCGGAUAUCCUCAUCUCCCAUGCUUCCAUCGCCAUGAACCUCUACUACCGGGCGAUGGGCAGGAACAGGUGGAACUGCUACUUCGACAACUCGGCGCUCGUCGUGACGACCGACCCGAGUUUUGGCAGCUGCGUGUAUGGCUGAAGAGCGGUCCCAAGAUUUCGUAUGCGAUCCAACAUCCAAGUUGAGAUUAUGAAUGGCGAUGGAAGGUUUUGGUGAGACGAUCUCGGAUUAGAAGAUUGUAAUCGACUCAGUAUGCAUUACCAUUUAUUACAAUCUUCGAUGUUGGUGUGGUUAGAACAGAUAAUUUGAUUUUGCUCUUCAAUUAUGUGGUUAUAUACAUACCUCGAAAACUCCCUGAUAUAAUUAAAUUAUAUUCACCAAGGUUUCCUUGAGGAGACUCCUGUUAACUUGUGAACAUAUACAUCCAACCUGAGUCCAGCUGAGUCAAAAAGCCUAAAGUGAAUUAGUUCUUACAAGAAACCUAAAAGAUGGAAUGUUAAUCUAUUACUUUCAUCAUAAGAAACAAACAAGCAUAUUUAUGUUCUAUUCCUAAUCUCUAACCAACAUCCUGUGGAAUAAUGCCAUGAAAUUACAAACCCGAUUCCUCAAUAAACGUUUACAGCAAUUUGUGCUAAUCUAAAAGUUUCAUGAAGUUCUGCUCGGCUGUCAGUCAACACAGUUGAGUUAUUAGCCGCGAAUCAAUACAGUGUCAUGAUUUAUUGUGGUGAAGACAUGAAGAAAGCCUUCCUCUUAUAAUUU